CCAGCGUCAUCCGCGACCACCACCGCGAAUCCUUCUAGUUCAUGCAGAUCCGAACCCUGCUCCUCCACAAUAUGACCUCAUCAACGUCUUGCGAUUCAGUUCAGCUUCCUCCCAUGUUCUUGCCAUAAUUUUUAGCAUUCGGCGCGUUCGAACACAACCCUCCAAACAGCGACCACCACCGACUCGGAAAGGCAGUUCUCUCGCAACGCGCCAGGUCGCAACCUUCCAUUUUGGCCGGAAGUAUUACUCCUGUUGGAUACGAAGAUUUUCCGGUAGUUUUGCUUCGAGCAAGAGCAGAAGAGACACCAUGGCGAUGGAAAAGAGCUCAGCGGCCGACCCAGACCCGCAGCCAGUGCCCAAGGAGAAUACCACCAACGGCUCUGCGGAGACGCACCUGGACGAGAAGAAACUGAAGAAGUUUUACAUCGGCUCCAUCGACCAAGGAACGACGAGCACGAGGUUCAUCAUCUUCGACGGCACGGGACAGCCCGUCGCCCAGCAUCAGAUCGAGUUCACGCAGAUGCACCCCGAGUCCGGGUGGCAUGAACAUGACCCCAUGGAGAUAUUGGAGACUGUGGAGCAAUGCAUAGAGAAGGCUACGCAUGCUUUUAUCGACAAGGGUCAUGAUAUCGCCGACAUCAAAGCAAUCGGAAUAACCAACCAGCGCGAGACCACGGUGGUGUGGGAUACCCACACCGGCAAGCCUUUACAUAACGCAAUUGCCUGGCCGGAUACCAGGACCAAGGGGCUGGUGCGGGAGCUGAAAACCCGGGAAGGCGCCGACCAACUGCAAGACAUUUGUGGACUCCCGCUCUCGACUUAUCCGUCAUCGGUCAAGCUCCUGUGGCUUCUCGAUAAUGUCGAUGCGGUCCGCAAGGCGUAUGAUGAGGGGCGCUUAUCGUUCGGGACUAUCGACACCUUCCUGUUGUAUCAUCUGAACGGAGGCAAGGAAAAAGACGUUUUUGUCACUGACGCCACCAACGCCUCCAGGACCAUGUUCAUGAACCUCCAUUCCGUGCAGUAUGAUGAUAAGCUCCUCGACUUCUUCCGACUGGACCGCAAAAAGCUUAGGCUGCCUAAGAUCGUGCCAUCCUCGUGUCCGGAAUCAUAUGGGUCUCUUGCCUCCGGUCCCCUGAAGGGGCUGCGGAUCGCAGGAUGCUUAGGAGAUCAGUCUGCAGCCCUAGUCGGUCAACAAGGAUUCACGCCAGGCUCUGCGAAAAAUACGUACGGUACCGGAUGCUUCCUGUUGUACAACGUGGGCGAAAAGCCUGUGAUUUCCCAGCAUGGCCUCCUGGCGACUAUUGCAUACGACUUCGGACGUGAGCGCAAGCCCGUGUAUGCGCUCGAAGGGAGCAUUGCUGUCGCGGGAAGUGGCGUGAAGUUCCUGAUGGAUAACCUUGGCUUCGUCACCCACUCUCACAAGAUCAGUGACCUUGCAGCGAGUGUGAAGGAUAACGGUGGCUGUGUCUUCGUGACGGCCUUCAGUGGCCUUUUUGCGCCGUACUGGAUUGAUGAUGCCAAAGGGACAAUAUUUGGCAUCACGCAACAUACCGAACGUGGACAUAUAGCCCGCGCAACGCUUGAAGCGACCUGCUUCCAGACGAAGGCCAUCCUCGACGCCAUGGAGCUCGAUAGUGGCCACAAGCUUGCCGAGCUGGCAGUCGACGGGGGUAUGAGCAACUCCAAUUUAUGUAUGCAGACGCAAGCCAACAUCAUUGGAAUUCCCGUCGAUCGCCCGGCGAUGCGUGAGACCACGUCCCUCGGUGCUGCCAUCGCCGCAGGUUUCGCAGUCGACAUCUGGAAAGAGUUCGACGAGCUCAAAGAGAUCAACCAGAAAGACCGCAUGAUCUUCGAGCCGAAUAUUUCCAAGGAAGAGAGCUCCAAGAUGUUCAAAAAGUGGGGACGAGCUGUGGAAAUGUGUCGGGGUUGGCUUGACACUGAGGAGGCGAAUGGGAAUUCUUGA